UCACUUCCGUCCGUUAAGCUCUCCCCUGCCCCCGCGGCUGACGUCAUCACAAGCCGAGACUCUCGGUGCCGAGAAAGUUGGAGCCUGAGAGAAGGAAAGAGGGAGAGAGAGAGAGAAAGAAGAGAAGGGAAGAGAAGAAAGAAGGGACGGGAGUCCCGCGCGUGAGCGAGCCGUCACCGGGGUAACGGCGGCACCGGGGUCACCGUAGCUCGAACCGUCCGCCAUGCCGCUGCUCUUCCUCGAGCGCUUCCCCUGGCCCAGCCUGCGGACUUACACUCUCCUCAGCGCCGCGCUGCUGGGCGCGAGCCUCUUCAGCGCCUACUCGCACCUCACCCUGAGCCCGUCACCCGCAGCGGCGGCAGCGGCCGACCCCGCCCCACCGCAGCCGGGCCUGGGCGGCGCUGCCCCCGAGGCCCACAACGGACGAGCGCCGAGCGCCGAGCAGCCGCCCCGAGGCGACAGCGGCGGCCCGGAUCCCGGACACGACGUCCCCGAGGCGAAUGGGGACGACGAGGCGGACCUGGGGCCACUGACCCGGCCCGAGUGGGCCAGCGGCCGGGGACUCGUAUUGGAGAUGGUGUGGUACCUGGUGUCAGACGCCUGGUGUAUUUGGGUUCUGGUGAACACAGCCUGUUGUUUUCUGAUGUUAAUUGGCAAGUUGAUCCAGUACAUAGUGUUUGGAACAUUGCGGGUCAGUGAGAGACAGCAUCUGAAGGAUAAGUUUUGGAACUUCAUCUUCUACAAAUUUAUCUUCAUCUUUGGCGUACUCAAUGUUCAGACAGUCGAGGAAGUGGUAAUGUGGUGUCUCUGGUUUGCAGUUCUUGUCUUCCUUCAUCUUAUGGUUCAACUCUGCAAGGAUCGCUUUGAAUAUUUGUCAUUCUCUCCAACCACGCCAAUGAGUAGCCACAUCCGUGUCUUGGCCUUGCUGCUUUCCAUGUUGAUGUCCUGUUGUAGUCUGGUUAUAAUCUGUGCAAUAGUUGGCUAUUCGCAUGGAAUGCAUACCCUCUCUUUCAUGGCCGCUGAGUGCCUGCUUGUGAAGGUCCGGACAGCUCACGUCAUUCUGAGGUAUUCAAUUCACCUAUGGGACCUGAAUCAUGAGGGCACUUGGGAGAGUAAAGGCACUUAUGUUUAUUACACGGAUUUUGUCAUGGAGUUGAACUUGCUCUCAGUGGAUCUGUUGCAUCAUAUUCAUAUGUUGCUGUUUGGAAAUAUCUGGCUAUCCAUGGCAAGCCUGGUGAUAUUCAUGCAGCUUCGCUACCUUUUCCAUGAGGUACAACGUCGACUCAAGCGCCACAAGAACUACCUGCGUGUGGUGGGCAACAUGGAGGCAAGGUUUGCAGCUGCCACUCCUGAAGAGUUAGCAUCCAACAAUGAUGACUGUGCCAUCUGCUGGGACUCAAUGCAGUCUGCCCGAAAACUUCCCUGUGGUCACCUAUUUCACAACUCCUGUCUGCGUUCCUGGCUUGAGCAGGACACCUCAUGUCCCACUUGCAGAAUGUCACUCAACAUUAAUGAAGACAGCCGUGCUGGUGAGCCUCGGCAGAGAGAUAAUCUGAAUGAGAAUAUAGGGGCUGUGCCUGUGGUGGAGGGCAGACCCCACAUCAACCAGCACAACCAUUUCUUCCAUUUUGAUGGGUCCCGUAUCGCAAGCUGGCUCCCGAGCUUCUCAGUGGAAGUGAUGCACACAACAAAUAUCCUUGGCAUUACUCAAGCCAACAAUUCUCAGCUCAAUGCCAUGGCUCAUCAGAUCCAGGAGAUGUUCCCCCAGGUUCCAUAUCAUCUUGUUCUUCAGGAUCUGCAGUUGACACGUUCAAUAGAAAUCACCACCGACAACAUUCUGGAAGGAAGAAUUCAGGUGCCCUUUCCCCAGCAGCGACAAGAAGGUAGACCAUCAUUGAAUGAUCCAGAUGUGGAGGUGGAUGGUGGUAAUGCAACCGAACUGAAUAGCAAUGCCGAGCAGCAGACUGAGCAUGCGGAACUCGAUCUUAAUCCCAGUGUGGAGGAGGCGUUCGGAGCUGAGGGUGAGAAUCUGCAAAGCGACAUUCAGACAGAUGACUUUGAAGUCCGAGGCAGUCGCUUUUCAAAAUCGGCGGAUGAAAGACAGCGAAUGUUGAUGCAGCGUAAAGAUGAACUACUGCAUCAAGCACGGAGACGUUACCUGACUAGAAGUCCAUUUGAAGGAGACCAUGCAUCUGACGGCAGCGCGUCCAUUGGGACACUGCGCAAUACAGACUAUCUCACUUUGCGCCGUCGAACCCUAGCAGCUGCAGCCGAAAGACGUCUCCAGCAGCAGCAGGACUCUUAGUUCUAAUGAAGCAACAGCGGAACCUGAAACCUGACGCUUUUCUAAAUCACAUUGGCUCUCCCUUUGCUUACAGUGGCAAAAGCAGAGUGAGCAGCACCCUUUAACCACUCUGUGUAGUCACAUCAUCAGGCUGGAGAGUUGUACUAACCCAUGUACUGCGUCUGCACGAAUGAAGCUGGAUCUCAACAAUAUUUGAGGUGAAAAAUGGCAUGGAUGGUUAUUUUUAUACAACCUUUGUGAAAACAAUAAACCGCUUUUUACCUGCAAGAAAAUUAGCUGCAAACAUCUUGAAACUGCUUUUAAAACUCUUAAACUGUGCAACCUGUGCCAUGUCCAUGUGGCUGUGUACAGUGUAUUCUGAAAGACCCUCUGGUUCCCAGAGCUGUUUUGGGGAGAUUGGCAAAGUGCAGCUCUCUGGGCCCUAUCAGCAACACUGCUACAAAGUGGCCUGGUGCCACAGUGUUUGUUAAUAAUGUUAGUUUCUUCAUGGUUUUUCCAUUCAACUGAAGCACGGAGUAAUUCUACAAAUCCUGCUCUAUCCCUUCAUGGUAUUAAGCGCAGUAAUGACUCUUCCUUUGUAAACCUUUUCUCUGUUUCAUUGCUGGCUCAAGUCUUGUCUGCAUGUUGUAGAAUCUUGUUAUAAUUGACUCCAUUUCUCUGCAUCUUCAGAUAUAAUUGUGUUAAUUCUGUAAUUUACUUAUAACCCAGCAGUUAAUUUCAGAUGAAGUGUUAAUAAAAGGGCCUGACUUGUGGUGGCUGUGGGGAUUGAUGAGCUCUUACACUUAUUAGGUUGCUACUUGAUUUGGAAAUUUGUGGAUGAGAGCCUGCAGUAUCCAGGGGACCAGCUAAGGUUUUUAAAAAGUUGACAUCUUGAACACUUGAAAUGGUCUUAAAUUAUAUCAAUCCACUUUCCCAGAACUAAAACUACCUCAAAGAGUCUGUGUGCUUCUCAGCGUUCACUGUGUUAUUUGUCGACCACAAUGUAAGUGAAAAACCUUGAAGCUAACAUUAACCCUGGCAAUAUUCUCCCAAUGAGAGAUGGAACAGGUCACAUUGAUUCUCCACAACGCUUAACGCCGUUUUGAAUCUUGGAUUUUGGGAGUGGCUACAUUUAUUUAUCCAAUAGCCCAGUGUUUGAAGUAGGACCUGCGGUGCUGAUCAUGUGACAUUAAUUUGGUGACUUGAAAAAGAUUAUUUUAAAUAAAGUAUUGCACGUUUUCUAUUGGGUUUAGCGUGAUCUGCGUAAUUUUACACGUGCAAGUUACAGAAUUCACUGGGGUUUUGUUAAGUUUUUUGAGCACAGUAGUUUAUUUUCAAUAUUUGGAUAAGCUUUUCUGUUUUCAUCGCUAGGAAUAUAAAGAUGUGAUUUGAGCUGAAUAACAAGAUAUAUAAUAUUUAAAAAGGGAAUACAUAGCAAUAGACUGAAUAUCCUGUUCCUUUUACCCCAUCCCACCUUCUAUAGCAACUGACUUUAAAUAGUUUCUGCUCCUUGCUUUGCUAAGUGCAUCUGAUAAACUUGCUGCAAGGUGCUUUUGAUGCCAGAUGUAUAAUAUUAUUUGAAAUAACAAUUACAAAGUGAUUUUUUUAAACCACUCAGAAAAUUCCCAUCUUUUAAAUUUCCAGUGUUGCUUCCCAUCAAUGCUUUUUUCAAUGGGAGUACUUCUAUGAUUUUACACAAGUCUGGAACAAAUUGAUGACUCAAACAAAUUGAUUUGCCAACCAAAUUCAUACGAAAUUUGGAGUUCCUUUAGUGUUUUUUUAAUGAAUACUCAUGAACAGUAUUCCUACCUGUUUUCAGACUGCACACGACUGGGACAGGGUUGGGUGACUUUUGCUGUUGAAUACUCCCUUUGCAACAGCUUUCUAGAUCUAUCGGGAUUGGGGGGUGUCUUCGAACAUUAGUUCAAUGUGAAUAAGUGUAUUCUUCAUCAACUUUUGUCUUUUUUCCUAAGCUCAAAUCUGAUGUAAAUUGUUGCGGUAGAAAUUUGCUACUGUCCACUUGUAAAGGAGGAAACCUCUGACUCUUUAGUGUACCAAGCUCCAUCUAAGGAGUGUAAAAUAUGACACCUUACUGUGAUGUUUUCCUUCUCUCUCCCCCCCCACCCCAUAAGAGUUCCAAAAAUAGUUUGUUUCAUGUAUUUUUAAGCACGAUUACCAUAUUUUUGUUUUUACAAAUUUAUUUAAAUAAAGUGCAUUUAUUGGUUUGUC